AUGCUCAAGGACAGCAGUCUGUGUGUGAUCAUUGUGGCCCUGGCAUUGGUCAACUGUUGUGUGCUCAUCGCCUGGUUCCUCGUCUCGCCGCAAACUCCUCACCUCAUCGACAUAGGCACACCUGUGGCCUCCUCCGACAAAGACCUGAUGUACCAGGAACAGUUCCUCAAGUGCGACUCUAAGUACGGGCUGCACUUCACCGUGGCGCUCAUUGCUAUACAAGGCGUGGUCAUCCUCUUCGGCGCUUUCCUUGCGAUACAGACGCGGAAGGUGUCUCUGCCCCAACUGAACGAAUCCAAGUGGAUUGCCUUGUGUAUCUACAACGUGGUGGUACUCUCCCCUGUGGGCGUGGUGGUCGUCAUGGCAACCGACUCCAAGCCGGAAAUGAGUUACUCCCUAGAGGCAGCUAUACUGAUCCUGGUCACGGCGGUCACAGAGUUCCUCAUUUUUGUCCCUAAGAUCAUCGCGUACAGACGGUUCAACCGUUCCAAAUCUCCAAAGUUUGACUUAAAACUUAAACUGAGGAACAUCAACAACGUCCUUGGGAUAUUCGGUGUUCCUUCUCCGCCUCUAGAUCCGACUGACCAACCAAAAUCAUUGCACACUGACGGACAAGCAGUCUCGCUUGACCCAACCACAGCGAACAGCACUCGGUCAGCCGUCAAGUGCCCCGGCCCCGCCAUUUGUCUUGCGCGGUGUAGCAGCGGAAUGUCUGGAGACACCGACUGGCCUGACACGCCCACCCGCGCGGUCUGCGCCAUCAAAGACGGGGCGACGAAGAACGAGCUGCCUCUGCUGCAGUUUCAAGAGUUUUUAGGCUCCUCUUGCGACUCUUCAAGAAGCUGCUAUAUCGGAAGGUCAAGGUCGGACUCGAACCUGAGCUCCUCGUGCGGCGAUCAGAAGACGACCAGCUUCUCUGGUAUGUCAUCCAGCAUAGGCGACAAGAUGGACGCCAUUGACAGCGAUUUUAGAACAGUCAUGGCGGCGAGUGACGAGAACGCCAGCGAGCUCACCGUCAAGGUCAAGGCCGAUGUGAAGAUGAAGUCUAAGAUAGGGUUCAAGGCCAGUUGGAAGGAGGGGCGGACCGGUGUGCCUCAGAACGAGCAGGUUCUCUUACUGCUGAACAGGCUGAGGGACGCGGUGAACACUGAGCACACCAACACCAAGUGUUAG